AUUGUUCUAUCUAAAUUAAAAUGUUGGUGCGAAAUUAACUCCCUCCAUAUAAAUACUAAUAAGAGCAAGGCUGUAAUAUUUCAACUACAUUCUAGAACUCAAACAAAUUUAUUCCUUCUUUUCAAAUAUGGUUCUGAUAUUAUUCAUUGUGUUGAAAAUGUCAAAACUCUGGGUGUAUUUUUUUCCUUUAACAUGUCCUGGUCUGAACAUGUUAAAUAUAUUCGUACUAAACUUUCAAAAAUAGUUGGAGUAAUAAACAAAUAUAGAAACAUUUUACCUACCAAUAUCAAACUUCAAAUUUUUAAAUCAUUAUUUUUCCCCGUCUUAGGAUACGCGCAUCUGAUAUGGGGAUCCACUGGUUUAACCAACUUAAAUUUGUUCCGCGUGCUGCAGAAAAAAGCUCUUCGUGCAAUAGCCAAUGUUCCUACGACCUCACCAUCAUUGCCUCUCUUUGAUAAAUUUUCCAUAACCGACGUGUCAAAACUUUACAGUCAACGCUUAAUAUUAACGUACCAAUCGGCCCUAAAAGGUAAAUCCGAAACAUUUCUGAACCUCGCUGACCUUCAUUCGCAAAUUCCAAUUUAUCAAACCCGUCAAAUACAUCCAUGGCAAAUACCAAGAUCACGUACGAACUUUGGACAUCAAAGAAUUAAACAUGCACUUCCUCACUUACUAAAUCAUGUCGCAUCGCUAGAAAUUGAUAUCACUUCACUUAAUAAAAAUAGCAUCGUUAACAUUGUAUAA